UGUUCGCAGAAUGUCGGAGCAGGCUAGAGAGAGAGGAGCGUUGUAUAAAAAUAGUUCAAGAUAUUAUUGUUAAGAAUCGUAAAUCAGAAGACGAAUGAAGGCAAAUCGCCUGCAUGAUAUGUUGAGAUUCAAGUAAAUGAAGUUAACAAAAAGCAAUAGCAUGCGGCGAUAGAUAUUACAUCCGUACUGUGGAUAUUUAUCUACAAAAUUCAGCCCAGUCCGGCUGAGAGAAAAAGAGCGAGCGUGUUAGCGAGCGGAAGUGAGAAAACAAUAUACGAACCAACCAAACGAAGAAAAUAAAAAAAAAAAACGAAUCAAGGCAAAGUGUGCAAAGCAAUCAACAAUGAGUGUCUCGCGUGGCGGUAAUCAAGCGCCGGAUGAUCUGGAGCCGCUGCUGCACGACGAGAAUAGCCGACCGAUUGACAAAGAUGUGGAAGCCUCAUUACUUAAUGGAUCCGCCUCCAAGGAGUUCAGAGGAGCAGGAGGAGAAUAUGGAGGCCCUGGCGGUCAUGGAAGGGAUCGAGAGGAUUCUGGAUUGUUUUUAAAGAAAAUCGGCAGUGCCUUCUUCUAUGGCAUCUCAUCAUUUAUGAUCACGGUGGUGAACAAAACCGUGCUGACAUAUUAUCAAUUUCCAUCGUUCCUAUUCCUCAGCCUGGGCCAGCUGACGGCGAGUAUUGUGGUGCUGGGUGUGGGAAAACGUUUAAAACUAGUCUCAUAUCCGCCUCUGCAACGCAACACAUUCUUCAAGAUUUUCCCAUUACCAUUGAUAUUUCUGGGCAACAUGAUGUUCGGACUGGGCGGCACCAAGGCCCUAAGUCUACCCAUGUUUGCCGCUCUGCGUCGAUUCUCCAUUCUGAUGACCAUGCUGCUGGAAUUGAAAAUCCUUGGCGUACGGCCCACAACAGCUGUACAGAUCAGUGUCUAUUGCAUGAUUGGAGGCGCUCUGGUUGCGGCCUCCGAUGAUCUGUCCUUCAAUCUGCAGGGCUAUGUCUAUGUAAUGAUUACAAAUGCCCUGACAGCAUCGAAUGGCGUGUAUGUGAAAAAGAAGCUGGACACUUCGGAGAUUGGCAAAUAUGGAUUAAUGUUCUACAAUUCAUUGUUCAUGUUUGUGCCCGCAUUGGCAUUGAAUUAUGCCACUGGAGAUCUGGAGAAGGCUUUAAAUUUUCCCAGUUGGAAUAAUCCGACAUUUCUGUCACAAUUCCUGCUUAGCUGUGUUAUGGGUUUCAUUCUAUCCUACAGCACCAUUCUAUGUACACAAUUCAACUCCGCCCUGACCACCACCAUAGUCGGUUGUCUGAAGAACAUCUGUGUCACAUAUCUGGGCAUGUUCAUUGGCGGUGAUUAUGUCUUCUCGUGGCUUAAUUGCAUCGGUAUUAACAUAAGUGUCAUGGCCAGUUUACUCUACACAUAUGUCACAUUCAGGAGGAAGCAGGCUCCAGAUAAGCAGCAACAACAAUUAGCUGUAUCCAGCAGCAGCAGUUUCCGCACCCAAAGUGUCUAGACUCAAGCCAAAGCCAUAAUAUAUAAUUAUAUUCGUAUUCGUAUGUCCUAUCCCUAUAUAUUGUAUCGUAUCGUAUGUCGUAUAAUUAGAAUUGUACUUUGUAUAUCCUUAAGGGGUAUUCUUGGUUGGAAAUACAUUUUUUUUUUCAAUUUUGGCUUUUAGCUUAUUACUAUUAAGAUAUUCGAAAUUCUUUCGGUGAUAUGACGUUCUUUUUGUCAUAAUAAUAAUUUUUUUUAAAAGUUUCGAAAAAAUGAUAAGCUCCCAACCAAGAAUACCCCCUUAAACUAUAUAAAUUCCCUCUGUAUAUAGGCAAAAAAAAACAAAAAAAAAAAACAAGAAAACAAACAAAAAGUUAUGUAUUUUUAAUAUGUAAUUAGCAAUUAUGUAAUUUUAAUUGACUUUUUGUAUGCAAACAAAACGAUGAAAGAAACUAUAUGAAAAACAA